CCAGUGGAUGUGUUGGCUACUUGUUACGCAGGUGAUGUAAGUUCGAAUCCAGUGGUAGGCGAGGUUUUCUGGUGCUUCAUGAAUUAUGCGUACAGAACAAAUUGUGUAGAAAAUGUUUGUCAUUUCACUCCACAUAAAAUGUCUAAAAUGGCUAUGAACACGUUUUUAACUGUAACGAGUCUUUGGAGAACAACGAGAGAGCAAUAUCUAUUCUAAAACACAAUGGACUGACGGUGAGACAGGCAUAUAUUGCAUUAACAUUUGGAUUACUUCAUAUUAAGAUAAAUGACUGAUAAUUAAAAAAAACUAACAAGAAAAACAUAUUUUUUUCCAAAUCAAGGAAAGCAACUGGUCUUCCAAGCAAUAUAUAUUUUGGUACAGAAAAUACAUAAAAUAUACACCUCGCCUACCACUGGUUUCGAACUCACAUCACCUGCGUGACAAUUAGCCAACACAUCCACUGGGACAUACCUUAUUUAGAAUUUCGCAUAUGAUAAGGACGCAUUUCCGUUUGGGGAUAUACCGUGGUUAUUUAUAGUUUGCUGACAAAAAGACGUCACUGUCAAAAAUUGUCGGUGGAUUAGUAGUAGUAUGCAUGUGCUGUUUGCUUUGUUCUUGUUACUCUCAUAUAAUUUCUAUUAUGUUCACUCUUGCUUUUUCCGCCCUCUGUCAAACAUUUUGUGUUUAGUUUACUCAAUAUUAUUCAUGUGCUGAUUCCUUGUAUUUAAUUAUGCACGUUUUAGUUGCUCAGUGAUUUGCUUUAUUUUUAGUCUGUAGCAUGUUUUGUCUGCUCUUAAGUAGAAAGCUUUUUUUAUUUACUUCUGAAAUACAGCUGUUAAUCAGUCCAUAACAAAUCUGAUUUGAUGUGGUAGAUGUCUUAAACCAUUUUCUAAAAACGCAUUAGUGUUCUUUUUUAGUUCAGUGUUUUAACAUCUAUUUGCUUUUAACUAGCUUUUAGGCCUAGGCCAAGAUUAACAGAUGUAUUUCAGGUUUAACCAAUUUGUAUGUAUAACUCAUGUACUAUUUAUAAACUUUGAUUUGCUAAUGUUGUAACUCUUUGAAUAGGUACAUCUUUAUUAUGUUAUUAAAUAUACUAUUGUUAUUUAUGUCGGUCAAUACAUAGCUAAUUUUGUCUGUAUAUUAAGACCGACUUUAAAUAAAAUUUGUAUCUUGUAUCUAGGUAUUCCUGGUCGGUUAGUAUACGUCAGUUGUUCUCGAUGAUUAUUUUUACUAUAAAUGGAAAACCAAAAGAAUCUCUGCGUAUUGUAUAAAACGGUUGCAGAUUACAUCAAAUACAGAAUUUGAAAAACAUCGAAUGAGAAAAGAUGAAACUAAUAUUAAUUGCACUGCACAUAUUAACCGUCUCUUUUGUAAAAGGUGCGCAUGCUAAAAAACUAUUCUGCAACAUAUUUAGUCUAACUAUAUACGAUCCAGAGACACAUUAUUGCCGUGAUAAUGUAGUAAUUCCAAAAAUGGACUCAAACUCUUUAGCCAAUGGAGAGGAAUCCAAAACAUAUAACACUCCUACCCUAGUAUUGAACGGUCGACACUCAAAGACUCGCGUGCCUGAAAAUCUACCAAAACCCUCCACUGCUUCUAUCACCACAACGGAAUCAGAGACAUUCUUCUGUGGAGAUUUGAAUUUAGUAAAGUACGAUACCAAAACACACAAAUGCGAAAAUGGCAAAAUAGUCAUGAUAAGGUCCAUGGUCAAUCCUACAACUAGAAUGCCAACAACAAGGUUGCCGGAAAAGUCGAGAACGACAAGAAAGGAGAUAUCAGAAAGUACAUCAGACGGUCAAAACAGUUUCGAAAUGCCAUGCAGAAGAAGCGAUAUCAUAGACUGCAACGGCAUAAUGCACUGCGGAAAUAAUGGCACCUAUAAAUGUUGCGGAUUUCAAAAUUUCCAGCCAAAACAGCAAACGUGCUGCCGAGUAACUAGUUCCAAAUAUAAAAUUCACGAUGAAAAACCGGAAAGAAAUCACAUCUGCUGUGGGGUAAAUGUUUAUCCAAGAAGAAAAUCAAAAGCUCCGUGUCAACAUUCGUCCAGAAACGAUGCUUUUCUGAGUGGCAAACUACCAAAAAUGAAGAGGAAGUCCCUGGAAUCGAUGAUAUGUAAUGAAAAAAUAAAGUUUGCUUAUCAUCUGAGAAUAACAGGACCACACAGCGGUGAAGACGAAAGAUACUUAACUGCCAGGGUUACUCAGUAUGAAUGGCAACCAGAUAUGAGCACCAGCCGAAGGUAUUUCAUACGACUGCAGACAGAAAAUGGCAUUAAAAUUCCAUUGGACACAUACAGCCCUUCCAGACUACGGAGAAAAGGGUUCAUAAUCUUGUCGAACUACCGGUACUUAAACGACAGUAUCUUCUUCCUUCGUCAUGGGGAUGUUGUGUUCAAAGCACCAAAGGGGAAAAGAAUGCUUCUAAAGAAGUUACGAAAGGAAAAUCUCAAAAUUAAGAAAGUUGCAGUGUUGACAGCCUGUAUUCGAUACUAUUUGAUCUUGCGGCCAGCAAGGACAGAAUUCAGUGCGGACAAAGAGACCCAGUACAUGGAUGUUCGAACUGCACAGACGGAAUUACUGUGCGAGUCCAGUGCUUUCCAUUCUGCGUCCAAAGGAGUCCCGGAACAAUGACAGGUUCCACCUUGCACAGUACUAUUAAACAUGGCAAUUAGCCCAACAAAAACUAUUGCAUAGAAAAUGUAUGCUGCGACAAGAUGUCUUGAGAAGCCUAAUUUUAAGGUUCGUCGCGACUAAGCAUUUCUGGAUGCAACGCAAUUACCAAUUAUUACACAACUCUUAAGUUUUCAAAGUAAUGACGUUUUAACAAUUAAUAGAAUUAAUAAGGUUUUCAAAAACUAAAUAUUGCCUUUAUACAUAAUUUCCAUUGUUUGAUUAAUUAAGUUUCCCACACAGUUUUCGAAAUACUAAAAAUGUGGUUUUUUAUUCAACACUUUCUCCAAAGGUAUCUUACCAAAUACUACUGGCUGCAGUACAAGAGCAAGGUGAUACAUAAAUGUAAAUAAUUGUUGUUUGAAUAAUAAUAUGAUUAUAAAUUCAUAAUAAAAGCGGCGGCUGCAAUAUGUCUGAUUAGUGUUGAUACGUUUGUAACAUUUGUAUUUUAUAUAUAGAAUAAAGAACAUAAAGUUGA